ACUGUCUGCAGACAGAAUAUGGCUGACCUGUCAGAAGACCAAUGAGGGAAAGGCCAAAUUUUGCAUAAUCGAUCUUAUUUUAUUUAUUUUUUUCUUCGUUUCUGACCGCAGUUGUCCGCCGUGGGCAGCGCUUGACAGGAGAUAUUCAAGAUGAGUACUUUACCAAAUGGAAUUGCAAAUGGCCCAAGCCGAAGUGAGGCUUUUAGCAAAGAUGCUCAGGUGUGGGAGAGACCAUGGAGUCUUGAGGAGAUCCGACAACAGAGUGCCAACUGGUCCUUAGCUGCCGACUCGGGGCUCUUCCUCUUCCUCCAAGACUUUUCGCAGAGAAUGUUGUCAAAGACGCAUGAGAUUGAAAAGCAGUUGGACAGCCUUAUCCGGGACACCAAGGCCACAGACAGCCGCCUGCACUCUGUCUUCAAUGACUUUUUAAUGCUCUCUAAUACACAAUUUAUAGAAAAUAGAGUGUAUGAUGAGGAGGUGGAGGAGACGAUGCCCAAGGCUGAAGCUUCAGAGAAGCAGCCUGAACAGGAAAAGACUCGCGAGCAGAAAGAGGCAGAGUUGAUCCCCAAGAUGCAGGAAGCUGUGAGUUAUGGGCUGAAAGUACUGGAGUCAGCGUUUGAACAUCUGGACAUCAAGGCAGGGAACUCUGACUCUGAGGACGAGGAGAUCCCGGACAGAGUAGAGGCCAUCCUGGAACCCAAGGAUCUCUAUGUGGAUAGGCCACUUCCGUAUCUGAUUGGCUCUCAAGCCUUCAUGGAGCAGGAUGAUGUUGGGCUUGGUGACCUGUCGAGUGACGAACUAUCGGUUGACAGCGACAGGGACAGCGUUGUUGACAGUGAAAAUGACAAAGAAGAAUUUAAUUCAGAUGAUGACGUUUCCCAGGAGGAGCCUGAAGCUCACAAUAAUAUUCAAAAGAAGUCAUCUAUGGUUAGUUUUGAAGAAGAGGAGGACGAGGAUUCAGACUUAUUUGAAAAAUCAGAUGAAGAUGAUGCUCCAAAGAACACAGGCGAGUUCAGAUUUGAAGAUGAGUUAGCCGCCCGAAUCAAAGGGGAACAAAUGACCCGGCCUGAAGGAGAUCGUGCGUCUUUGGCAUCUAAGAAGAAGAGUAAAGGCAGAAAAGAACCAAAACCUGCAAAACCACAGGCGGCUGAGGAGGACAGCGAUGACAUGUUUAAGCCUCCCAAGAUGGAUGAUCAUUACGAUGAUGACGACGAUGAUGACUUCUCCCCAUUUGGAGGAAAAAGCGGCCUCUUCAGCGGAGGAAAGGGCCUCUUUGACGAUGAUGACGAGGGAGAUCUUUUCUCUGAGGCUCCAAAACCUGUGUUGGAGGAGAAAAGAGUAAUGAAUGAAAAGAUAAAAAGCACAUCUCAAACUGCAGAAUCUCGUAAAGCUGAUAAGAAGAUUCCAGCUGGUGCCGUAUCAAUAUUUCCAGAUAACAGCCUGUUUGGUUCUGGACAAAGCUCUGACUCAGAGGACAGAAAAGAAAAUAGUACCCCAGCUGUCAGGACCAAAACGGCUCCCACACAACCUCUCACUGGAGCUGGGAGUGGGGGUGAUGGUGGAGCUGGGGGGCUGUUUGAUGACGACGAAGACGAUGAUUUCUUUAGUGGUAAAACCCUGAAAAAGUCAGACUCUGCUGUACAGGAGAAAGCCAAACUUAAAAAUUCAAUUGACCUUUUUGACGAUGAGGAUGAUGAUGGUGACAUAUUCAGUGGUAAGUUCAAAGCAGCAACUCCAACCCAAAGCAAGAAGGAGUCUGGGGAGGAGAAAGAUAAACCUCCAGAGAAAAAGAUGCCAGCUGGGGCUAUCUCCAUGUUUGGUCCUGCAACUAAAAGCCUGUUAAACGAGGGCUUGAAAAAACGGCAGAUGUCUACCAAUGAGGACUCUGAGAAAAAUGAAGAGGUUGUUCCUGCCUCUCCUGAUGUUGGAAAAGCUCCAGUUAAGUCAACAGAAAAGCCUCAUAGUACAAGCCUGUUCUCUGAUGAUGAAGAGCCUCAGUUAUUUCCAGGAGUCACUAAGAGUCAGUCUAAGCCUGACCCUUCAAGUCUGGGUAAAACCAGCAAGACGCCCCUGUCCUUAUUUGAUGACGAGGAAGAAGAGGAUCUUUUUGCGUCUGCAGCCAAAUCUCAAGUUAAACCCUCUCAAGCUAAAGUCUCCGUCCCACCACCCACCAAAGCAGCAUCCAGCUCUCUUUUCAGCGACGACGAGGAUCAGUGGAUAAGUCCAAAAAGCAACUCAUCGAAGGCCGAGAGUAAAACGGAAGGAAUGAAAACCAGCACUAGUGCCCCAUCUAAUCUCCCAAGUACUAAAAUACCCCAGAAGAGCAGUUUGUUUAACAAGGAGGAUGACGAUGACCUGUUUGCCGACACAAAAACGUCAAGUCAGAAGAAGCCCCAGAGGGUUGCUCUCCUGUUUGAAGACGAGGGAGAUAAUGAAGGAAAAGAAUCUCUGUUUGGCAAUAACACAAACUCUGAAGCCCCAACAAAAAUGCUUGUUGCCACUUUGCAAUCCUCCUCGAAGCCAGAGCAGGUUCUGGUCUCUGAGACCCCAGCAAAGGACAAACCGCCAGUGCAGCCGAAACCAGCUGAAAAGAAACCUGAAGCACUGCCGUCACCGGAGAGCACUGAAAUCAGAAAGAAGCCUGCUGGAGCAGUCAGUCUCUUUGGUGGCAUUGACGUUCUCAGCAGCAAGCAGACAAAGGGCCCUCUGGACGAUGAAGACCAGGAUGACCUCUUCCUCUCCAAAGGCACCCCACCACCAAUGUUUAGAACCGAUGAAAAGAAGGAAGACAAAGGCAAAACAAAAACAGUCAGUCUGUUUGAUGAGGAUGACGAAGACGAACCAGAAUGGAACGUUCCAAUAUUCUCGGCCAGUAAGCCCACGGCAGGGAAGACACCAGAGCCUGCAGAGGAGCAACAGCAGAAAAAGAGCACAGGGGUUUUCCAGGACGAAGAGCUGCUGUUCAGUCAAACGCAGCAGAAGGACAACGACCCUGAUGUUGAUCUUUUUGCAGCCACAACAAAAGCUGAGAGUUCUAAGGUCAGUCCGAUGAAACCAGCAGAACAUCAUCUGUUUUCAGACGAUGACGAAGAUGACAUUUUCAGCUCUGUCAAAGCAACACCUCACCCUCCGAUAGUAGCAAAGAAACCAAGCAAACCUCUUGAUAAAGCGCCACUUGCAAGCCCUGAUCCUGUUUCAGAGAUUCAGAAACCAGCACCAAGCCCUGUAAAACCUAAAGAUUCCUCAUCAAGGAUUGGGAAACUUCAAGCCAGUCUGAUGAUCAACCCUGCUGCUUUGCUCCCUGGAGCUCUUUCCAGCAUGUCAGGGACUCUGAGCUCUUCCUCUGGGGUAUCCAGCUCCAGCCUGAGCCCCAGUCCUGUUUCAACCCCCAUCGGAGGACAUGAGGAGAGUGAAGGGGGGGUGAGCUUUGAUACACCAGUCCAGGUCACCACUCUGCAAAGUGCACACAAAGACCGUGCAAAAGGUUCGGCUCUCCGGAGACCCCAGUCCAGAGCGGCAAGGCAGCAGGCUGCCAAAAAGUCGAUGGGGGACACAGAUCAGAGCAGAGGGGCAGAUGUUUUUGGGCCAAAUCCCAGUGUUUCCAGUUUAGCAUUGCCCCCUUCAGACAAAUCCAACCUCACGCCCAUCAACCUAACAUCUCCUUUCUCAUCCGAAGCACCAACCUCACCAAAGCCCUUACCUUCACAGCCUUCAUCCUCUCAAAGCUCUUCCAGACCCAAAGAGCUGUCAUUGCCAGUAUCGACAAAAGCAGGAACGAAAGACUCCAGUAAGGACAGCAGCAGCACAAAGAAACAACUAGCAUUAGAAGAUGAUGACCUCUUUGGCUCAGAUAGUCUCUUUGGGCCUAAAACCGUCUCUAACAAGCCCUCACCCAGAGAGACCCCCAAGAGCUUAGAGCCACAGGCCAGUAGCGAGGCAGGACUGAAGAAGGAUAUAGAUCCCAGUCAACACUCCUCUAUAUUUGAUACGCACACUGAUGAUCUUUUCCAAAAUGUUAAGCCACGUUCAGUAACAAAGAAAACUAAAGUCUCACCCUUUAUGGAAGAUGACGAUGAUGACUUAUUUGGACUUAACAGCAGUGCCACUGCCACAUCCAAAACUAAUAAAGAAAUCAAGAAUGGUAAUAGUUUUUCAACACAGGACAUUUUUCAGGAUGAAGCCACCAUUGUGCCUAAAGUUGACAAGAAGCUCAAAGAGAAAAGCAUUGAUGCUGCCUUGUUUGAUGAUAAUGUUGACAUUUUUGCUGACCUGACAGACACAUUUAAACCAAAACCGAAGUCCAAGUUAAAGGGAGAGACCAAGUCAAUAUUUGAUGACGACAUGGAUGACAUUUUUACAACAAGCACAGCAAAGCCAGUGCCAAAGGCUCCUGAUAAAUCAAAGAAAACUCCACCAGCCAAGGAAACCAGUACUGCACCAGAUUCCAGCAACAUAUUUGAUGACCCACUUAACGUUCUGGGUGGGAACUGAUGUCUUGGAGUGGCCUGGAAUUUGUAAAAUUGUGGAUUUUGUUUUUUUGCUUCAUUAUUAAGUGAUCAAGAAAAGAUAUGAUACAUUGUUGAUAUAAUAUUUAUUGCUAUAACAUCAUAUCAGUAUGUGGCUUAUUUUUGUCUGACAAAGACUGUAAUUAAUACAAUUCCAUUCAUCUUUCAACGGAGUUUCCAAAAUUAUCCUGGCAUCAUAGUUAAUAUAACUGUUUAGUCUUUAUAAUACAUAAUAGCACUUUAUAAGCAUACAUUAUGCUUAGUCUUGAGGCCUGCAGAAAUUAUAUUGAUUUGUUUGGCUUUGCCACGUGAGAUGUUAUGUCUUUAGGUUUGUGCCAUAUCAUUCUUACUGUCUUAGUCAAUUUUGACAAUGUUUUUAUUAAGAAUUUCCUCCAUUUCCUAACUUUGACUGUGAUGAUAAAGACGAUGCUUUUUUUAAUAACUAAAAUGAAACAUAUUUUACCUGAA